AUGGCAACUGAUCACCAAAACCCUACAACCAAGCAGCAGCAGUCAGGAUCCAGUGCUUUCAAGCUGGUAAUCUACGAACAGGAAAACUUCCAAGGUCGCUGCCAUGAGCUGACUGGGCCCUGUAACAACCUCCAGGAGGCGGGCGUGGAGAAAGUGGGCUCGAUACUGGUGCUGUGUGGACCGUGGGUGGGGUAUGAGCAGCCCGGCUGUAAGGGGGAGCAGUUUGUGUUUGAGAAGGGCGAGUAUCCUCGCUGGGAUGCCUGGACCAAUAGCCGACGCAGCGACUGCAUCUUCUCCUUCCGCCCCAUUAAAGUGGACAGCCAGGAGCACAAGAUCGUGCUGUAUGAGAACCCCAGCUUCGCAGGGAAGAAGAUCGAGAUCAUAGAUGAUGAUGUGCCCAGCUUCCACGCUCACGGCUACCAGGAGAAGGUUUCUUCAGUCCGAGUGCAGAACGGCACCUGGGUGGCCUACCAGUACCCUGGCUACAGAGGCUAUCAGUACCUGUUUGAGAAGGGAGAGUAUAAGGAGUGUGCCGAGUUUGGGGCUCAGCUGCCUCAGAUCCAGUCUGUGAGACGCAUCCGCGACAUGCAGUGGCACCAGAGAGGGGCUUUCCACCCCACCAACUGA